UUGACAAGUAUUAGAAUUUAUGUAGUGCAAAUCAAGAAAAUUUUGUUGCAAAAAAAUAAUAAUUGUUACGUGAACUUUUUCGAUUAAUCUAAAUCAAAAUUUGCAUGACAUAUGGUUUCGAACGCGUCAAGAAGUAGACGACGUUGGUUAAUAAAUGCCUGGAGUUUGUCCUCGCUGUAACCGCGAGGUUUACUUCGCAGAAGAAAAGUUAGCUCUUGGAAAAGUUUGGCAUACAUUUUGUUUCUCUUGUUGUAAUUGUCGAAAGUUACUUAAUAGUUGUAACGUGGUAACCUAUCUUGGUGAAUUAUUUUGCAAGAAUUGUUACGUUCGUUUGUCUCCUUCGAAUCCAAGUCAUGAAAUUAAAGGAACACCUCAACUGCCUACGACCGUAACGUUAUCGGCUCAAGAAUCGAUCUGUAAUCGCUGCGCGGUAGAAGAUUCAAUCGGUAACACAUCAUCAAAUAGAGAACAACCUUAUCAAUCCGGCAAGUGUAGACUUCGCGGUGGAGGUAGCGAAGCCGAGGAGACAAACAUUUGUCUUGACGAAGAAAAAAUACAUUUCUUAGAAAACGAGUGUGCAAAUGUAGAUGUUUGUAAGCUAUUUUUGAAGAAAUAUUUAGCCAUAGGCACAAAAAUAAUUGGAUAUAUUAGGCUAUUGUUUGCAUUGAAUUUGUAUGUACCAUUUUUCUCUGGACACUGUAUCCGUCGCGCAGACAAAACUCGAGAGACAUCUAUCAGCCGGAAUAACAAAAUUAACAAAUACGCUCCUGUAUGCGAAUUUAGUGCCAAUAGCGUCACUAUUCCGUCAAGACGAAAAUUUGCGUAUCCGCCGGUACCGCCGCCUCGCAGUCCGCUGCCUUCCCGACGACGAGUCUCGUUCUGCGACGUCGUCUUCGGGGAUACGCGCGGAAACGACCACAAUUGCAUCAUGAAAAUGCAGGAUGCACAUCAUAGGCCCUGUUGCAAUAACAAUAAUAACGAGGAAUACGGUAACUCAUAUGACAUUUGGCAAGCGGACGAUCCGGUUGGUAAACACCGCGGCGGAUACGAAAAUCUUAAAGUAAAUCAUACCGAAGACACUGGCAGAAUACAUUUUGAAAAAAGCACGUCGGACUGUUGCGACGGCGAAGAAGACCUUUCGAGCAAAUGCAAUGAGAUCGAGAACAAUCGUGGACAGGACCAUUGCUCCGACGGUAAUUCAGAGUCGCACCUGUACAGAACAAUGAACGAAAAAGAUGGAUCGAAAGAAGAAGCGUCGUACUCUCAUCAAAGUGGUCCAAAUUCAUCGAACGGUCAUGACGAAAGCGAACGUAUGCGGGGAGGAUGUGGCGGACCGUGUGGACCUCGUCCAAAGGUUCUAUGUGGAACGAUAAAAGCUGUUGAAACUACUUGCCACUGUGCAAAAAGAGAACCAGAACCAUGUCGCACAAUUGUUACAGCCUGUGCAUGCUCGUCACCGUGCGUCGAUAGACGUGGUUGUUGUCCAUCGAUGAACGAUCGACCGAUCUGCAAGAAACCGAUUAUCAGAUGUCGUCAACCGUGCACAGCAGAGUCUCAAUCCUGUGGUAGUGGAGGAUGUUGUGGAAGUGGUUGCCGUGGUGGUUGUGGAAAACCUGGGCAAACAUGUAUGCCAGCAAGACCAUGCACCAUACCACCUUGUCGACCGUGUUCACCUUGUUCUCCACCUCGACCUUGUCCUCCCAUACAGAUUUGUUGUUGCGGCCGAAAAUGUGGAAAUUGUGCAAGUGCUGGCACGAGUUGUUGUCGGCCAAAAAGUCCGGCAUGUCGGAUGAGAAGAAGAUGUUACAGUUCCGACAGAGCUGAAUGUGCUGAAGGGGGAUGUUGUCGACCGAAAUCCGGUUGCGAGUGUUUAGGCGGCGGUCUCGAUUGCCAACGCUGCGGGCGGAAAGUGUAUCAGGCUGAGAUGCAGAUCGUAUCCGGUAUACCGUUUCACAACAUAUGCUUCAGCUGUUACUGCUGCAGGAAACCUUUGGAACCCUUAACGUAUCAAGAAAAUUGUGGAGAGAUUUAUUGUAAACAAUGUUACGUUCGAAAUUUCGGGCCACAAGGAUACGGGUACGGUGUAGGACCAGGUGCAUUGCAAACUCCUAUGUGAAGCCAAUUAUUGUUUCGGUACAUUAAAUGUCUAACAAUUAAAUGUCUAAUCAUACUGUUAAAUCAAACAUUUGAUAUUUCAUCUCGGAGAUGUAA